AUGACCGCGUAUCACAAAAUCCCCUCAAUACCUAGUGAUUUCCCCCAGCCUAUAACGGCGCUAUCCUUCGAUCCUGUAUCUGACAUUUUAUGGGCCGGCUCAGACGCUGGGCGGGUAUUGGCUUACUAUGGCAGCCAGGGCAUGAAAGGCGUAACAUUUCACGUUGGAGGCAGCAAAGCCGUGAGUAAAAUCUCAGCUGGCGACAACUAUGUGAGGGCACUAGGUGCAUCGGGUGAUAGAUUGGGGUCAUGGACCAAAGGAGGGAUGAACAAAUGGUUCUUUCGCCCAUCUGCCCCUUGUGAUAUUACGACCUUCUCCAAUGCGUCCCAUUCUCAUUUCCUCGCGGCUGCGACGACCAAUCUAGAGUUACUGUUCCUUAACUCUAUGACUGGAAGCGUUGUACGACAAGUUCCGACUACGUCUGUCAUCACCCAGCUCCAGUUUUCACAUUCCGUGCUACUCUCCGGCUCAUCGGAUGGCUUUCUGCGUGUUCAUGAUCCCCGUACAGGUAUGGGGCGGGCGGGUGCUGCAGAAAGCGUCAUCAAAUCACACACGGGAUCAAUACAAGGUUUGCAGACAAUCGGUAAUUUUGCCUUCACUAUUGGCAUGGGUGAAAGGCAAUCACGCCCUUUCCCAGACCCACUGGUCAAAGUUUACGAUUUACGAACAAUGCGGCCGUUACCUCCAAUUGCAUUUUCAUCAGGCCCGGCGUUUAUACAGGUUCUUCCGAAACGAGUUUCGAGUAUCGUGGUAGUUUCAAACCAAGGACUAGUCAAUGUGGUCGAUGUUUCGAAUUUUUCCUCUCCGAGUGAAUUCCAUCAACUCGAUAUUUCCUCCCACUUGACAUCAUUUUCAGUUUCUCCAACAGGAACAUAUAUGGCAUUUGGUGAUGCUGAAGGCGUCAUCCAUCUUAUAUCGCAAGCAGAAGAUAGCGUGACGCCCUUUAGUGGAUUUGAAGGACAACCUAUCCCAUGGGUUGAUACGCCUGCCCCACUGCCGAAUAUCGAAUGGGAAGCGUCGACACCUCUAAAUUCCAUCGGACUUCCUUAUUAUGAUACACAAUUGUUGUCAUCUUGGUCGUCCCAGUUUGCCACAACAAUUGGCGACUUUCCGUCUCCAACCAAAAUACCUCCACAGGUUUUGAACACGAUGAAAACAAAGGAUAACAUAGCAUACGCCGCCCUCCCAAAGGAGCUUAGAGGUCGUCGCAACGUGAUUUCUGUUGGGCCUUCCAGAGGUAAUGGUCGAUUCAGAAGUGGUAGAUCAAAACCAACGGAGCCAGAACCCGAAAGCGUUGCCUACGACAUGACGUAUGGUGAUGUCCCACGUAUUUACCGACGAGUGGAAAUUGAAUAUUCGAAAUUCGGAGUUGAGGAUUUUGAUUUUGGUUUUUAUAACAAAACAGAUUGCAGCGGCCUUGAGACCCAUAUCCUGAACUCUUACACAAACGCUAUCGUCCAACUGAUGCACUACGUCCAGCCAAUAAGGCUUCUGGCAAAAUCACACAUUACCACGAACUGUCCACGGGAGCACUGCCUUCUUUGCGAGCUAGGAUUUGUCUCUCGUAUGUUGGAGGACGCUCAUGGAACAAACUGUCAAUCGAGUAAUUUUUGCAAGACUGUCGGUGUUCUGGCGCAAGCCUCAAAUGCGAUUGAGAUCGUUGACUAUGGUCGAGAAACUACUGAUGUGGACUACGCACACAAGAUACAGACAUUCCAUCGCUUUUUGAUCGACCAUCUUAGUUCAGAAGGAAACGCCUUUCCACAUAAUCCUCAACUCUGGAGACGUACUUCUGACUCGCAGUCUCUAGCAGCUGCGCCUAUCACCCAACUUGUCGGCAUUGACGCAAAGAACAUGAUAACUUGCUCCAAUUGUAAGGCGUUGAGAGAGAAGGAAAACAUGACACACGUUGUCGACUUAACAUACCCUCGGAAGCCUUCACCUGGAGAAUCUACAGUUUCCCCUGACUUUGCUAAUGUCCUCAGGCUGUCAUUGCUCCGGCACAUGACACACAAAGCAACGUGUCAAAGCUGCAAACAGUUCUCUAGUUUCACAUCCACGCGAUCCAUACCAUCACGGGAUCUCCCGCCUAUCCUUGCAAUAAAUGCCUGCGUGUACAACGAAGAUAACCUUGGGUUUUGGUUGGAUUCUAAAAACAAAAAUUUCUUGCAACCGCAGAUCCAACUGCACGGUCAGAACGAUGGUGUUGAUGAUACGUUUGGGGUCACUUACGAAAUCAGGGCAAUGGUCGUGAAAAUCACAACAAAGGAAAAGCAGUCCCAUCUACUUGCAAUCAUCAAAGUUCCGGAGUCCAAGAAUUACGCCAGCCCUUGGUUUGUUUUCAACGAUUUCGUGGUCCAAAAUAUUUCAGAGGAAGAGGCCUUGAGUUUCCCUGGUAGAUGGAAGACGCCUGCGAUUUUAUACCUGGAUCGAGAAGACGCACGUAAAAGUUUGGAUUUUAGUGGCUUGCCAUCUAGCAUCGACCCAACAAUCCUUACCCGAGACACGUCUAUAUCGUUGAACCGCGAUGAUAGUUUGAUUAAGCAGGAUGUUCUACGUUCUGAAGAGUUGCCAAAGCCGGGAACUUUAGUAGCUAUUGAUGCAGAAUUUGUUUCCAUGCAGCAGGAAGAGAGUGAAUUUCGAUCAGAUGGAACGAAUAAGGUUCUUCGACCGGCCAGAUUGAGUCUAGCUCGGGUGUCAGUCUUGAGAGGGGACGGUCCUCGACAGGGAGUACCAUUUAUUGACGACCAUAUCCAUACUAGUGAAGUUAUUGUCGACUACCUGACAGAAUUUUCGGGAAUUAAAUUUGGGGAUUUGGACCCUAUUCGAUCUCCUUACACUCUGACUCCAUUGAAACUGGUUUACAAGAAAUUGCGUGUUCUCGUCGACCGCGGAUGCAUCUUUGUUGGUCAUGGUCUUUCGAAAGAUUUCCGCAUCAUCAAUAUCCAUGUCCCUCCUGAACAGGUCAUCGAUACAGUCGAUCUUUACUUCCUUAAAUCUCGCCAACGUCGGUUAUCUCUGCGUUUUCUCUCCUGGUUUGUUCUUGGCCAAUACAUCCAAACCGAAACGCAUGAUUCCAUUGAAGACGCGCGUUCCGCGCUCGGCCUGUUCAAGGCUUUUCAGGAUUUAGAAGAUCAGGGCAAGUUUGACGAAAAGCUCGAUGAGCUUUAUAAGGAGGGCAGGCAAUUUGUAAAAAUUCCUCGACCUUCCAAGACCAUUGAUUAA